AGAAAUAAUCCAAAAUUACUGUAAAGCAGGAAUAAAUUGUUUUCCCUGUAAGUCUUAAAGCUGGGCUAUAAAAUAUUUGAACUACACUAGUUCAUCUUCAGCUUAAGGUUCAAUAUCAUCAGGAUGGUUUUUAUGUAGUAUUGAAGCACGCUCUUUUAUUCGAGUACCUAUCGCUCAGUUUUGGAAAAUCACACAAAACACCAAAUACUGAGUUCACUUACUCGUACACUGUCAACAGACACAGUGAAAAAAAAGAUUAAACACUUCAAUAAAAUAUGUCAAUGGAAUAAUAGCCAUUUCCUAGACUAGACAUCGACCUGCGUUUCAUUUAAGUUUUGAUUUAACUUAUUAUACAAUAAAUCGUGACGCAUGGAAAAAGAUAUAAUGGAACAACAAUAUUACCAUAUUGCUGAUGUCAGUCAUUAGAUUUAAAAUCAUUUAUUUUUUCUUAAAAAUCCUUUCCUUUAAUUUUCUUUUCUAAAAUGUAUACUUGGCAUUUUGGUAUGUUUUAAUUUUAUUUGUUAAAUCUUACUAAAUUGUAUCACUCUCUGUUUUACCCUAUAGUUUAUACAUACAAAAAUUUGUAUAGUUUUUAUUUCUAUUUUAGGUUUUUCUGAGAACGGAAUGGAAAUCAUGAAAACUCAACUUGAAUGCUCUACAGAACAUCAAAUAAAUGCAAACACUGAAGAAACAUCAUCAAAAAAUUCUAUUUGUGAAUGUAAAAUUUGUUUUAAGCAAUUUAAACAUGCAGGUUCUUUGAAACGACAUAUAAAGACGCACACAGCAGAAAAGCUUUACAAGUGCAAAAUUUGUAAGAAGCAGUUUUCUCAGAAACAUCAUUUAAAGAAUCAUUUAAGAUUGCACACUGGAGAAACGCCUUAUAAGUGUGAAAUUUGUUGUCAAAAAUUCACUCGAGCAGACGUUUUGAAAAGUCAUUUGAUAGUGCACACUGGAAAAACUCCUUACAAGUGUGAAAUUUGUCUUAAACAGUUUAAACAAGCACAUGGUUUGAAAGGUCAUUUGAGAUUACACACUGGAGAAAAGCCUUACAAGUGUGAAAUUUGUUUCAAACAGUUCACUUAUAAAAGUUCUUUUGAUGAACAUACGAAAGUUCACACUGGAGAAACGCCUAACGAGUGUGAAAUUUGUUUAAAGCAAUUUGCUCGAGUACACGAGUUGAAACGUCAUUUGAGAGUGCACACUGGAGAAACACCUUUCAAGUGUGAAAUUUGUUUCAAACAGUUCACUUAUAAAAGUUCUUUGGAUGAACAUAUGAAAGUUCACAUUGGAGACACGGCUUAUAAGUGUGAAAUUUGUUUUAAGCAGUUUACUAGAAAAAGUAAUUUAAAAGUACAUUUGAGAGUGCACACUGGAGAAACGCCUUACAAGUGUGAAAUUUGUUUUAAACAGUUCACUUAUAAAAGUUCUUUGGAUGUACAUGCGAAAUUUCACACUGGAAAAACGAGUUAUGAGUGUGAAACAUGUUUUAAACAGCUUACUACAAAAAGUAAACUACAAACACAUUUAAGAGUGCACACUGCAGAAACACCUUACAAGUGUGAAAUUUGUUUUAAGCAG